CAUUAAAAUUCUGAAACUCCUAACAAGGAAAGGGGCCGGAGAAAUGGAAAAGAUGCAGGUGACACGACAGAAAUCGGAGGAAAUCGACAAGUUCCUUGACGGAGCGGCGAGUUUCGCCGACAUGAUGUUUGGAUUCUUGGAUGGAAGCAACGAGUCAGAGGAAACUUCAGGGGAUUUGGUUGACCGUGAUGAAAAUGUUAACCACCAAGAGGUUGAACAGAACAAGAUUUUCUGGGAAGCCCAACAACAGGUUCUUCAGGCAACAUUGCGCCGAACUACUUGUCUGGAAUCAAGAAUUCGACAAGCUACAAAACAAGCAUUGAGCGAAAUAGAGCAGUGCGGUUGUCGGGCCGGUGGUUGCCGGAACUGUCUUCAAAGGGAGCUCUCGGUUCGUCUCCGAAAAUCGGGUUUCAAUUGUUACAUAUUCAAGUCCAAAUGGAGGAGCUCCCCUGAAAUUCCCUCCUGCGAGCACACGUAUCUGGAAGUGUUGGAUAAAUCAUCGAAUAAGGGAGAGGAGAGGGUGGUGAUCGAGUUAAAUUUUCGAGCCGAAUUUGAAAUAGCCAGGGCCAACGAGGAUUACAAAAAGUUGGUCGCCCGGUUACCGGAGCUCUUGGUCGGAAAAACAGAGAGGGUAAGCGCAUCGAUCAAGAUCUUAUGCGCCGCUGCCAAAGAAUGCAUGAAGGAGAAUAAAAUGCACUUGGCUCCGUGGAGAAAGCAGAAAUACAUGCAGGCCAAGUGGCUCGGAACAUACGAGAGAACGACGGCGGCGCCUUUGCCGGCGGGACAGUUGUAGCCGCGGCCACAAAAACCAAAGGCAUCCAUGCUAACCUUUGAUCUUCUGGACAGGUUUCCGGGCUUCCAUUACACUCCCGUCGAACUUGUGUGGUGAAUUCUGAUGACUGAUGAAGAAGAAGCUUAAUUUUGAUACCCAAGUUAAAGAUUAAUAAGA